GAGCAAUAAUGCCUAUGUUUGCCGGUGCCUCUACCGUUUAACUGUCUGUUCUCGAGCUGGUUUGGCCGUCCCUACUUGUCUUCCCUUAGUUAAACAAGCGUUUAAGGAAAGAAACGUGAUCAGACAGGAGGCGCGGAAGAAACAUCGUCUUCUGGACUCUCGGAAAAUAAACAGAGGCUGAUUUGUGACGAUGGCGGAGCUCGAGGACACGAUCGAAGACCUUCAGGCAAAGCUCCAACAGUAUGAGGAGCAGUUGGAGCAAGUCAAUGAGGCCCUGAAACUGCAGCCUGAGGAGUCCGACUUGUUGAAACUCAAGAGCGAUUUGGAAGAAGUCAUUUCGCUCACCAAAGAUUUGAUUUCUUUUCAAGCACAAACGCAAACAGAGGCCGAGAAACUAGACCUUGUUGUUCAGCCGAGCGAGGCCCCGAGAGAAGUUUCGCAAAAAGAGGAGAAGGAAGCAGAGGAGAGGCCAGAGAAAGAGAAACUGCAUGCAGAUGCAAGUGAAGAAAAACAAGGCAGUGCAGAAAUCUCUGAAGGAGGCCCGCGGCUGACGCAUCUGUCGAGCGGCUCUUCGGUCGUGGGGCGCACAUGUCUCGCCGAAUACGAGGGCAAAAAAUUCUACGCCGAAAUCCUGGAUUUGAAGAAAAGCAAGCAAGGCGAACGCGUUUUAGUGGAAUUCAUUGGGUGGAAAAACCAACAGGAGUACCCCGUCCACCAAGUUCAGCUUCUUGCUCCAGUUCCGCCGUCGGCGAUUCCUCCUGGUGCCGCGGCGCAGGCCAUUUACUCGGAAGACGGGAAGUGGUACGACUGUGUAAUUGACGAACACACGGCGGGAGGAUACAAGGUCACUUACACCGAAUAUGGGAACACGGAGGAGGUGAAGUUCGACCAAGUGCGUUUGAAGAAGCCAAAGAACGACGCGCCCAAGAGAAGAGUGAAAGAAAUCAUCACUCCGGGUGGAUACAGAAUCCCUCAGUACCUUGCAACCAAGCCGACAGACACAGAAGCUCAGAAAAGCUCGAAGAAACGGCGCGUUAAGGCAAUCAAGGCCCAGCAGCAAUUGGAAAUGGCAGAGAAAGAUGCGGACGAACGUGCGAAAGCUUGGCAAAAAUUCAACAAACGCGCCAUCAACAAACGUAUGGCGGGGUACAUGUCUGGACGUGGCCACGAAUCAAUGUUUUCUGGCCACGAAGUGAAGACCACAGUUAGCAUCAGUGUCCUGAGUUCGCAGCGAACUACGGUGAAUUCGUUUGUUCCCCGCCGCAAACAUGAUGUAGAUGAAGAACUGAUUACUGAUGACUGA